UUGAGAUUUCAGAACGUCAUCCAUAUUCGAUAAGUAGGUACUUGUUUCGUAACAGGUCGAAUCUUUAACUGCAUUAUUUUUGAGAAUAUCGUGUCGCAGUAUUCAUAGUUUUUCAAAAUGUACCAUCAGCUAAGUAAAGUUACUGGCAGGCUGGUUGCUGCAACCAAUUUGCAGAGUCCCCUUUUCCCAGUUGCACCCAUUGCUCUGCAACGAGUGGACCCCCCAGCAAUUCAAUACACCACCGCUCAUUUGUCUACGGUGACCGAGGCCUCAGCCUGCUCCGCUCCAGGUCCCAAGCGCCUCAUUCCUGGUACCAACAUACCCUAUGCGCCUGUUAACGAGACAAUUAAGAAACGUCAGGAACUCUUCCAGAAAGAUAAUGACUUACCAAUUUUCCUGAAGGGAGGCCCCUUCGAUAGUAUCCUGUAUCGUUUCACAAUGCUGCUGUGUGUUGUUGGUUUAAUUGGUAUUGGCCACACAAUUUACAUUCAUGCUGUACCCAGAAAGCAAUAAAUAAAAUAGUUUUAUGUCAUUAAAUUAUGUAUUAGUUGCUUGAUUUUAAAUAGAAGUCACGAACUACAGACAA